CUCCCGCGUUUACAACGUGUCGAUUUAAAGGAGAGAUCAGUCCCCGCUGUAGAACGCAACAUGUCGGCAAUCAGCACGUGAACUUAUCUGUCCGAUCUGAGAACGUUGAUCUACAUCAAUCCGCGAAGAUGUUUGUCGACUCGUCAUCGCGUCUCGCAGCACAAACUUGAUAUCUAUUUCGAGUCGUACGCAAUGCGUUAAUCGUUUAUUUAUAAACAUCGCUGUGCCGUUUUCCAGCCGAUGUUUACUUAGGUCUUCGCACACUCGCAUAAUAGUAAAAUGUGUUAAGCCUCUUCUCUCUCUGUCAUUCCUUCUCUCAUUUUCGUGUAUAAAUUAUGGACGAGGUUUGGUUUCACCUCUCGAAUCAGCUCGAAACGUUGCAGGUUCAAGCAUCAGUAGCAGUGCAACAGGGACAGCAAUGGUGUGUGACAUGGCUAGCUCAGUUACGACAAUUUAUCCUGCAGCUUUGCGACGAGCAACAUGCUCAGUAUGCCAAAGACAUUGUAUCAUACAUGGCUACUUCUGUACAAAGAGGAUGGCAAGAGGUUCAAUUUCAAUACUACAAUACUCAAUGGAAUUCAAUAGAUUUUUAUCGCCAAAUAAGAAUUUUAUGUGUUAAUAAAGUGUCAAGGAGAGAAGCAAUAUUUUGUUUGACAGGCUUAGUGAUUGGAACUGUAACGGGCUACUAUAUUAGCGUAAAUUGGAAACCUACCUCUCAACGUAUACAUCACAUAAAAACUAUCGCUUGUCAUCAUUAUUACGGUAUCGAGGGUAUAUUACUGAUAGACGAUUCUGAAAUGCCAACGAUCAAAAAAUCAAAUGAAUUACUUAUACAAGUUAAGGCCGCCUCACUUAAUGUUAUUGAUACAAAGAUAUGUUCUGGUUACUCUAGGAUCUAUAGAAGAUUACUUAACUCAGGAAAACAGAAAGAACUACCUGUAACUUUAGGGAGAGAUUGUGCAGGAGUGAUAGUUGACAUUGGACAAAGCGUUAUCAAUUUCGAUAUCGGGGAUGAAGUAUUUUUAGCCGUUCCAUCGUGGGCUUCUGGCACGAUGGCAGAAUAUAUAAUUGUUCCAGAAACGCAAGUAGCAAGACGGCCUAAAUCAUGUAACUUCGAAGCCUCUGCUAGCUUACCAUACAAUGGUUGCCUGGCAUGGGAUGCUUUAGUUAAUAGAUCUGUCAUCAAGGAAGGCAAUGCCAAAGGAAAACGAGUUCUCAUUUUCGGUGGAAGUACUCCGAUCGGUUGUAUUUUGACGCAAUUAAUUAAAUUAUGGGGCGGAUAUGUAGUAACCGCCUGCCGAACGAACGCCGUGCCUAUAAUGAAGGCAUUGGGUGCCGACGAAGUUAUAGUAAUAAACGAAACUAACGGCGAAAAAGAAUUACAAUUGCAUGAUAAGUACGAUGCCAUUUUUUAUACUGAUAAUCAACCUUUUCAAGAACAUAUUUUAAAGAAACACUUAUUGCCUCAUGGCUCUUAUGUAUCAACUGUUCCUGAACAAUUGACGUCGGACUCGCUGGGAUUUAUUUGUGGAAGUGUAUUUGCUGGAUGUGUUAGAAUAAAAUUAUUGGUUCAGUAUAUGUUCGGAUUUAAUAUGCAUCAAUGGAAGGAAGGGGCAAAGUUGAACAUCGCAUAUUUGCGAGCAUUAUGUGAGCUGACCAAUGCUCAUCAUUUACAAACAGUUGUGGACAGGGUGUACGCGCCCUACAAUAUCGAGCGAGCAUUAUUCCAUGUUUUAGAUCCGAAUUCUAUUGGUAGCACGAUUAUAACAUUUCAAUAACGUAUCAUUGGAAAAAAAUUUAUAUCGCGACUAUAUGUAGGUAUACUGUAUAUCUCUUGUACAUAACAGUGUAUAAUUUUGGCGGGUAAUCACUGCCAUAUACUGUUAAUAAAUAUUUACAUCAUUGCAAA